AGGACCACAAGAACCCUUUUACAGAGAGCAGUUGCUGUUGAAGAAAGCCACUCCACUUUGAGAAGGCUAUUGGACUCCAUUGAUGCACAGUUAAAGGAAUAUCAAGGCACUCUGCCAACAGUAAGGACAUCAGAAAAAGAAGCUCCAAGAACUACUCUGGGUAGCAAGGACCAACAGGAUCAACAACAACAACAGCAGCAGCAACAACAACAGCAGAAGAGUGCGACUGUUAUUGUUAUUGAUGAUGAUGAGACUGAAUAUGUUGAUGUUGCUGAUAUGUCUUGCCAAGCCACUGAUGAAGACAUCAAGAAUGAGACUCGUGAAAGAGAAAAGGAAAGAGAGAAGGAAAGAGAGAAGGAAAGAGAGAAGGAAAAAGAGAGAGAAAAGGAGAAGGAAACUAAAAAGGAAAAAGAAAAGGAAAAAGAAAAGGACAAAGCAGAGACAGUUAAUCUAAAUCAAAAUCUCUCAGUACCUCCAUGGCAGCAAGCAGCUCAAACAAACAUUUUACAAAAUUAUGUUCCAAUCAGACCUGCUCCACCUAAGGAAGUAGUAAACACCUUCACUUCAUCACAGACUGGAACUAUGUCACUAACUGUACAAAGAACAAAACAAUCAGAUGUUUCUUUUUCUCCGUUAAGUCUCAUUAAGUCACCCCCUCCGAUUUACAAGACAUUGAAGCCACCAGUUGGCAGUGGAGAGCCAUUUUUACCAGAACGUGUUGCUGUGAUGUCAUCUCCCCCAUCUCUUCCUGUGCAGCAAACAUUACCUAAUCUUGAAUUGCAGACAGGAACACCACCUCUUACGUCACCUGUCAACAGCAGACCAAGUACCACACCCUCUGUUCCUCAGCUGCCCCUCAGGCAGGCAUCCUUACCUCAGCCUGGACCGUCUUCUCUUGGGAAAAAAGAAUCAAUUGACAAAGAAGUAAAAAGUCCCCCAGCAGGGCCUCCUAAGUUUGAGGUUGGGACUCGCGUCAUAGGUCAGAGGGCUGAUGAACUCUGGUAUCCAGGUAUAAUAGAGAGGAUUUUGACAGACAAACACAAUCAGAUCAAAUACAAGGUGAAGUUUGACAAAGGUACAAGAGGAGUGUUGUCAUCCAAUCAUAUUUCUUUGGAGACCAAUCCCAACCCAUCAGUGCUCAAUGUUGGCAGUCGUGUUGUAGCAUUGAGGCCUCGGGAUACAGCAGAAGAGAAUGCGUCUUGGCGGAAACCUUCCACAGGAAUAUAUGGCAAGUUAGAUGUACUGUAUGCUGGCAUUGUUGCUGAGAAUGCCUGUGGUGAAAACAAAAACAGAUAUCUGGUCUUCUUUGAUGAUGGAUUUGCUCAAUAUUUACCAGUCAAGAAACUCCAUCAUGUGUAUCAUACAGGCAAGAAAGUCUGGGACGAGGUAGCUGAGCAUUCCAAGGAGUUUAUACAAGAAUAUCUAGAAGAGUUUCCUAAUCGACCAAUGGUAAAACUUAAAGUGCAUCAGUGGGUUAAAACUGAAUGGAGAGGCCAAUGGUUGAAAGCCAAAGUGAUGCAGCUAGAUUGCAGUUUGGUGAAGAUGCUGUUUCAGAUUGAUAAUCGAUCUGAGUGGCUGUAUAGAGGCUCAACAAGAUUAGAACCUUUAUUUAGUGCCUUGGUUGAUGGAAAGAUUUCCACUGCAAAAAAAAAGAGGUCUCGUAAACUGACGCGAGGCGCAUCAUCAGGAAAACCCCAAGAACCGUUCAUCGACUACAGUAUCACUAAACCUUGUUUUGGUAUUUCACCUUACAGCAAAAGUGAUCCUCUUGGCGAACAACAGCGAAAACUGGAGGAAAAACGACAACAAACACAGCUUGAGCAACAAAGACAGCAAGAGCAACAAGAACAAUUGAGACAAGAUAAUAGCAGUUUCAUUAAAACAUCCACUGGGAAGGUUCCGUCCAUUAAUAACAGUCGACCAACCUCAACCGUAACAGGAGCUGCAACCACAGGGGCUGCAACCACAGCGGCUGCAACCACAGGGACUGUUAGGAGUUCGUCGAGCGAUUCAGGCUUUGUGUCUACCAACAAGGGCACGAGUGAAUCAUCUUUAUCGAGAAUGGAAACUUCUUCUGGACCCAGUGGAAAACAGAAGAGGGACUUCGGAGGUGCCUCUGGAACUCAGGCAGCAGGAUCGCAACAAACAAACUCGGCAAAACUUAUCCCAGGCAGCGCUUUUCAAUCUAGCACUGCUUGUGUUGGCGGCGGUCAUUGUGUGACACUCCCAGCGUCUGGACGAAAGAAUAAUUUUAGUACCACAUCAGUCACUCAAGCGAGUAUUGCAAGGAAAAAAACUAGUGCUGGACUUGUCACUUCAAGAGAUCUCGCACAAAGAUCGAAUGGUAUUCAAGUGAUUGACUUGGAUGGAGAUGGUACAACAGCUGUGCUUCGUGAUCCUAUGGAGUCGAAUCAGAUGGUGAGUCCCAAGUACCUAGUUCCUUAUAGCUUGGAUGGGUCAAAUCUGGACGACCUUUACAACUAUUUUUUCAGUGUUUUCUGCGAACUUGUGUACGCAAGUAGUUUGCAACCGUUGAUUAAACUGUCAGUAUUUGAAACAUCAAUAACAAGAAUGUUGGUGGCUUUGAACCAGUAA